AUGUUACUCUUCUGCCCCUCCUGCUCGAACGUCCUCACAGUCUCCGUCACCACACUGGAGGACCAUACUCCCACCAACCGUCUCGAAUGCCAGACCUGCCCCUAUGAAUACGUCCUCCAGAAACAAUACUACGAGCGGAAGACAUUUGCGCGGAAAGAGAGGGAGGAUGUGUUUGGCGGGCCGGGCGCUUGGGACAAUGCGCAGAAGGCCCCUGUGCAGUGUCCGAAGGAGGGCUGUGGAGGCGAGGAGGCAGCCUACUUCCAAGUCCAGAUUAGAAGUGCUGAUGAGCCGAUGACGAGCUUUUUCAAGUGUAUGACCUGUGGGAAUCGGUGGAGAGAAAAUUGA